AUGUCGACUUGGAUGGCAGAUUGGGACAAGCAAAUGGCGUAUAAAUAUCAGCAACUCAAGCAUAGGAAUUACGAGAUAGAACUGAAAGAUCGUGAGAUGGAGGCGAAAGAUCACGAAAUCUACCAGCUGCAUAAAGAAUUGUAUCAGGUAUGCCUGGGGUCUCGAGCUUUCUCGACUGAUGAAGCGACAAGCUCCGGUGCAGUGAUGGAAGUGGCCUGCGACUGUAUUGAAUCUAACGAAGGACUGGAGGCAACAUCCGGAGAUGAGCAAGAGCGCAUGAAAAACAUCAUCGAAUCGGUGGCUAAGUAG